UUGAAAAUUAAUUAAUUUUAUUAAAUAAAAAAAAACAAAAAUAAUAAUGAAAACUAUUCAUCAAAAUGAUAAUAAUCUGCAUGGAUUAUUUGAGUCCAAUGGAUCAAUCAAUAUUGAUAAAUCUGUUCAUCAUCGUUCAUCAUCACCAUUACCUUAUCGAAAAAUUUCCUGGCAUAUUACAGCGACCAAUUCGUCCGAUCCAACAUCAUCAUCAUCAUCAUCAUCAUUACAUCGUUCAAAUUCAUUAAUUCGUUUCACACAUGAUUUAUCCAAUAAUUAUCAUCAACAAACAUCAACACCAUCAAUCUGUUUCAAUAAUAUUGUCAAUGAUAAUAAUAAUAAUAAUGAUAUUAAUCAACUACCAACAUCAACCAUUGCCACCAAUGACCAAUCCAUCGAUUUGAUGAUAACAAAUUUAAAUUUUAAAGAUCUCAUCGUUUUAUCACCAUUUGAUCAUCAGGUUGGUGGACAUACGCAAAUAAUGUUAUUGAAUCAAUACACUCUUUGUAAAUCAUUAAUACCAAGAGAACUUGAUUUCUAUCUAAACAUUCCACGUCAAUUGAAUGGUUUUGUACCACGUUAUAAAGGCGUUGUUGAAAUUUGUCAUAAUGAAAGCAUGAUUCCAACAUUAUAUCAUCCGAAUAGAAAUUUUUAUUCCAAACAUAAUAAUAACUGUAACAAUAAACCGGAAUUACGUGUACGUUUAUCUGUUUGUAAUGAUCGUCGUUUGUUGGAAUCGAUACGUGGUCAUUUUGAACAGCAACGUGGCUACGGCUCACGUCCUAAUCAGCAAUAUUUCAUGUUAUUGGAGAAUAUAACAUCAAAUUAUCAUUUGCCAUGUAUAUUGGACCUAAAAAUGGGUACACGACAACAUAGUGAUGAUGCAUCGGAUGAAAAACGUCGUCGCCAGAUAGCAAAAUGUGCAUCAACAACAUCGGCUACAUUAGGCAUACGUAUCUGUGGCAUGCAAGUAUAUCAUAAAUUAUCGAAUAAUAAUAAUAAUAAAUAUAAAUUAUAUCAACGAGAUAAAUAUCAUGGUCGUCGUAUUAAAAAUGAAAAUGGACUUCGUAAUGAACUUGAGAUUUAUUUUCUCAAUCGUACUUAUCUGAUUCGACCGAUUAUAUCUAGAUUGAAACAAUUGAAAUCAAGAAUUAUUGAAACAUUACGUACAACAUCAUUGAGAUUUUUUUCCACUUCAUUACUUAUCGUAUCUGAAGGAUGUUUUCAAUGUUGGUAAUCCAGCUAG